CUUAUCUCGGAAGUCGGAACAGAGGCGGCUCUACACGAAGCAGCAGCAGAAAUAGGGCUAGGGAGACAGCUUCAAGUCUGAUUCAGUGGAAAGUUAGCAGUAAUGAUCUGAUGAACAUUUUUUGAAUAAAUCUGUUACUUGAGCAAAUUGGGCCAGUACAAUGGAUACACAAUCAUCUAAUGUAUCAAAUGCACAUCCUCUUGAGACUGCUGUUGUGGAAACCUCCAAUGUAAACUCUGUACCAGCACAUGAUGGACCUUCUAAGCUAUCCACAUGGGCUAAAAGUUUAAAAAUUCCACAGCCAUUUACAGGAUCCCAAGAGGAAGAUAAUUCAGGAAAUGUGGUAAAAUCAUCCUUUGCUCGUUUUACUAGUGGGUUUGGAUUGCGUUCAUCUCCAAAGUCACCAACAGAUGAUAAUUCUGAAGGAACUUCAACGAAUCCACAACCUGGAUUUAUUGGAACAUUUACGAAAGGAAUAGUUGACUCUUCCAAGAAUGCAGUUAAGGCUGUAUCUGUCAAGGCUAGACACGUUGUUUCUCAGAACAAACGAAGAUACCAGGAAGGAGGGUUUGAUUUAGAUUUGACAUACAUUACUGAGAAUAUAAUUGCCAUGGGCUUCCCUGCUGGUGAUAUGAGUUCCGGAUUUUUUGGGUAUGUUGAGGGAUUCUAUCGUAACCAUAUGGAAGAAGUGAUCAAGUUCUUUGAGACUCAUCAUAAGGACAAAUACAAAGUAUACAAUCUUUGUUCUGAGAGAUUGUAUGAUGUCUCAUUAUUUGAGGGAAAGGUUGCUAGUUUCCCAUUUGACGACCACAACUGUCCACCUAUUCAACUCAUAAUGUUGUUUUGUCAAAGUGCAUAUUCAUGGUUGAAAGAAGAUAUUGAAAAUGUUGUGGUAGUUCACUGCAAGGCAGGAAUGGCAAGGACUGGAUUGAUGAUCUCAAGUCUUCUUCUGUAUCUGAAGUUCUUUCCAACAGCUGAGGAGUGUAUUAACUCUUACAACCAGAAAAGAUGCAUUGAUGGAAAAGGCCUUGUUCUUCCCAGUCAGAUUAGGUAUGUCAAGUAUUUUGAACGUAUCUUAAUGUACUUCAAUGGAGAGAACCAGCCUGCACGCAGGUGCAUGCUUAGGGGAUUUCGACUCCAUAGAUGCCCCUUUUGGAUAAGGCCCUCGAUUACAGUCUCUGAUCAUAAUGGUGUGCUUUUUUCAUCAAAGAAACACCCAAGAACUAAGGAUAUGCUGCCUGAAGACUAUUGGUUUAGUGCACCAAAGAAAGGGGUAGUGGUUUUUGCCCUACCUGGGGAGCCUGGCCUUACAGAGUUAUCUGGGGAUUUCAAAGUCCAUUUUAAUGAUCGGCAGGGAGACUUUUACUGCUGGUUAAACACAACAAUGAUUGAGAACAGGAAAAUCCUCAACACUAGCGAUCUUGAUGGUUUUGACAAGAGAAAACUAGCAUCACCUGGUUUCCAAGUGGAAGUUGUGCUAGCGGAUUAUGACACGGUUUUCCCAACUCGUUCUCAACCAGAAGCUGAUGUUAGUAGUAAAUCAUCUGAUACUUCCAGUGUCAAUCCUUCCACUGGGCCGACCACUCCUAAUGACACAAACUCAAGCAAACAAUCAGUUGGAAGCAAUGAGAAGGAUGACGUGUUCUCUGAUAAUGAAGCUGAGGAAACUGGAAAGUCGAAAGACAGACAAGUCACCGUUGCUCCUGAAAACUCUUCAGGGAAUAAUAGCGGUAAUAAUAAUAAUAGUACUGGUACCGGCACACCUCAAAUCUCCAGUUUAAUGCAUAAGGCAGAACAAGUUUCACUGGGAGAUUCGGGGCUCAAACAUAAUGACCAGAAGAAGGAUGAUGUAGCUCCGGCCCCUGAAGCUUCUAAUGCAGGAGGAGUCAGUGACUUCAAGAUCAUGGCUGCGGAUGCUUCUGUGUUUACAUUUGGAGAUGAAGAGGAUUACGAAACUGAGUAGGGGCUUUCAAAAAUUCCAGCUUGUACAAAAUUUGUACAUUAUAUUACCGUUUGGAUCCAGGCUAUCCAGCUUGAUAUCUCUCUGUUAUAUCCUUUAAAGUUAGAAAAAAAAGGAAAGAAUAUAUAUGAAAUUGUGCUAGUAGUUUUACUCGGUCUUCACUUGUGAAAUUUGGAGAUUUGUUCUUGUUAGAGAUGUUCAGUGUGGAAAAUUUAUGACAUUAUUAUUCUCUUCGUCCCAAUUUAAAUUGUCUCUUUCGGUUUACGAUGUUUGAUUGAAGUUACUUUUAAAUCAUUUUAUAUAAAAAAUGGUGUAGAAUUAAAAAAUUAAAAUUUCU